GUUUCUCAGAUGGAUUUUGGUGCUAUGAGGGGUCUGCUAUGGUAGGACAAGUGCACACUAGGUUGGCAUCAGAUGUGGAUGUACAUAUGCAGAAACGCAGAUAGAAGGGGAUGCUUCAACGUACAAAGUACAACCGUUUCAGGAAUGAAUCCGUGACAUCAUUCGAUGAUCUUAUACACAAUUUGUCAAUGAAUGCCAAGGUCUCGACUGUUACCACGACGUCCGGUUCUCCUUCGUACCCAACCUCGUCGGAGGUGCUCCGCAAGGACCCGGAGGAUGGGCCCACAGCUCUCUGCACCUUCAUCCAAAAAAUGUCCCAUUUGAAAUUCGCCAACACAGGCAGCCUGUUGGGCAUCAAAAAUUUCUCCUCUGCAGUGAAAGACCUUGCAGCUUCUAAACUGCAAGGAGGUUCAAGCACUCCAAGCUCAGUUGGAGCAGCAGUAGAUGCAUGUAACCCUGUCUCUACCACUCCAUGUUCCCAGCAGGACAUGAACAAGAUGAGCACGGGCAAGAGGGUCAAGGUAGAAGAGAUUCACCUAAGUGGAGAGGACUGGAAUCAGAGUGGCAGCUUUGUCAAUAAACCCUCACGGGGAUGGCUUCACUCUAAUGAGAAAAUCCUGGGAUCUGGUGUGACGUACGUUCUAAAGUAUCUGGGCUGCAUCGAAGUAUUACGUUCAAUGCGUUCCCUCGAUUUCAAUACGAGAACACAGAUUACAAGGGAAGCUAUCAGUAGAGUAUGCGAAGCUGUACCAGGCACAAAAGGAGCUUUUCGAAAAAGAAAGCCACCAAGUAAAGCAUUGUCUAGCGUACUUGGUAAGAGCAACCUUCAGUUUGCUGGAAUGAACAUCACUUUGAAUAUUUCAACCAGCAGUCUCAACCUAAUGACCCGUGAUACUAAACAGAUUAUAGCAAAUCAUCAUAUGCAGUCCAUUUCCUUUGCAUCUGGUGGCGAUCCGGACACUACAGACUAUGUUGCGUAUGUGGCGAAGGAUCCAGUCAAUCGUCGAGCAUGCCACAUAUUGGAAUGCUGUGACGGGUUGGCUCAAGACGUUAUUAGCACCAUAGGCCAAGCAUUUGAACUUCGAUUCAAGCAAUAUCUCCAAUGUCCUUCCAAGAUAUCUAACAUUCACGACAGAAUACCAAAUUUCGAAGAAUCAUCUUGGGCUGGUGAAGAUGAAGAGGUAAUAGAACAUCCAUAUUAUAACAGCAUUCCUGGGAAAAUACCACCUCCUGGAGGAUUUAUUGACAUCAGGCUAAGAGAUGUCCAUCAACAAGCUCUGAUUCAGACUUUGACAGCCCAUCAUGCUGAUGCAAAUCAGCCAGUGUUAGCCAUAGGACAAGAUCAAAGCUACUAUCAAGACCAGCAUCUUGGUGAGAGCCACAAUGAAGAAUGGAGAAAGGCACUCAGCAGAUAUGGGUCCUCUGGUGAUUUAUACAUUCAGCCUGAAGUGAGACCUUUAUUGACCAAAGGUGGAGAUGCGCCAACAUAUGUCAACACUCAGCACUUGGAUGUCCAGGCUUUAGCUGCAUUGCAAGUAGAUCCCACUACAGGGUCCAAUGAAACAAUAAGCCAUGCAGAAGAGAGCCCUCGGAAAGAUGCUUUUGAUAUGAGGAUACCGUUAACCACCACUGAAAUGCCAACUCCAUGGUUUGGAACAAGAGCGAAGGCUGUACCAGGGUGA